AUGUCAAGUGAAAGUGCCGACGAUAUUAAUGUCGGUGUUGCCCUCAGCACUACUCUUCUCAUUCCAAAGGAUCUGGAGCGAAAUGCUGGGCUCAGCGAAUAUGAGAACUACGCGCUAAUGCUCCAGCACUCCGUUCAAAGGGAAGCGUCUUCCCUGAAGAAGGAGAUCAAAUCUCUUGAAUCAAAGAUGAGAAAACUGGAGGACCAGGCUGAGGCUGCUACUAAGGCCCAGCAGAUGGCUGAAGAGAAAGUGGAGUCUGCUGAGGCUAUCCGAAAAGUAGCUGAAGCUGAGAAGAUAGAGGCCGAAGUAAAAAAGGCCCAGGCUGAGAAGGAGCUCCAGCAGGCUUUGGCCACCAAGGAGGCCGAACUUGAUCUCCCUGUUGACUCGCCCUUUCGUAAUGCCGAUGCCAUUCAUUUACUAUUCCCUCCUCCAAGUCAGGUUGAAGACGAAUCAGAGACUGAGGUUGAUGCCGAGGAUGAGGAUGAAGAGAAAAAUGAUGAUGAGGCCUUGCUUGAUCUCCCUGUUGACUCGCCCUUUCGUAAUGCCGAUGCCAUUCCUUCACCAUUUCCUCCUCCAAGUCAGGUUGAAGACGAAUCAGAGACUGAGGCUGAUGCCGAGGAUGAGGAUGAAGAGAAAAAUGAUGAUGAGGCCUUGGGUGAUGAGGUUGGGGAGGCACCCAAGGAAAUUGCCAUCGGGCAACUAUCAUCCGACCUUCUAUUGGCUGAAAGAAAUCUGGACAAAACGCUGGCUGAGAUUGAUGCCGAGAUUGAGGCAGAAAAGGUUACCGAGGAGGUUCCACCAGAGUCUUCCGAGGUCCUAGCCCCUCCAGCUGCUAAUGCUGAAGAAUCCUGA